AUGGUAGCCGAACAAGAAUCUGCACAAAAUACAACUUGUUCAACUUCAAUUCCCAGCUUAAAAUAUUCAAUUAAUGAUUUAUUGUUCAAUCUUUCCGACUGCUCUGAGGAACGAAAAUUGAACGGGUAUAAAUCAAAAUUAUUAAAACAAUGGGAAUUAUCUGCGAAUAAAGGAACUCUUAAUUAUCAUGUCGGAAAUUGUAAAUUUCGAAAGUUGGGUGGCCAAUAUAAAAUAUGUUUACAGUGUUUGUUCUAUAUGGAUAGAAUUAAAGAGAAUUCAUCUCAACAUUCCCCUGAAGGAUUGGUUUCCAUUAAUGCCAGCCCACUUUCUGUUGGACAUUCACUAUUAAUUCCUUCUCCACAAAAGUGUUUACCGCAAAUACUUUGUUUUGAGGCAAUCAAAAUGUCUAUAGAAUUGUUACUCUUGAUUGAAGAUGAUAAUUUUUUAAUCAUUUAUAAUGGAUUAAUGGCACACGCGAGCGUAAAUCAUUUACAUUUACAAACAUUGUUUUGGCCGUGUAAAAGUGGAAUUCUGGAAAAAACAGUAAAGGUGGAAGAAGAUAUUAACUACUGCUCUUAG